AUGGCAAAGCUCAUACCUACACUGGCUCUCAUCAGCAUUCUCCUGAUCAUCAUGAUAGCCAACGCAUCUUCCGCCCGCAGAACCAUCAUCACCACCGUCGAGAUCGACGAAACCAACCCAAACCCAACAGGAACAGAAGGGCAAUGCCGUGAGGAAGUGGAGAAGCAGGACUUGAACUCCUGCGUGCAGUACAUGAGGCAAUCAAUAUCAGGGGAAUCCGAAGGAGGAGGAGAAGAAAAACAGCAGCUCCAUCAGUGCUGCAGUCGACUGAAGCAAGUGCGAGAUGAAUGCCAAUGUCAGGCGAUUGAGUCUGCGUAUCAGGAGAUGAGUGGAGAGGUAAUGAGACAUCAGUACCCGAGAGUCAUCCGUAGGGUAAGGAGCAUUCCAUUGUCUUGUGAGCUGAGCGAAGUGGAGUGUAGAAUCAGAUAA